AUGGCCAAAUUAUUCGCUACUAUGCUGACGGGGAAAGCGCAAGAGUGGUUCACUAACUUGCCCCGAGGAAGCAUCGAUUCGCAUGAGCAGCUUGUUAAAAAAUUCUCUUUCUAUUUCGCGAGCUGGAGGAAGCAAAAGAGGUCGGCCACCCAUCUCUUUACUAUACGACAAAGGGAAGAUGAGACAUUGAAGAGUUUCGUGGGUAGAUUCAACAACGAGAUGAUAGAAAUCCAGGAUUUGCGCAUUGACAUGAUGGUUAGUAUCCUGAUCCAUGAAUUAAAAAAAGGCCCCUUCGCGUCCUCGCUUGCGCGCGACCCGCCAGGUGACGCUGAGCAGCUGAUGGCCCUAGCUCAGAAGUACAUAGACGAGGAAGAGAUGAACGCGAUGAAGGAUUAUGAGCGAAGGGAACGCGAGCAGAUGUACAGGCGAUCGAACGAUACAAGAGAAGGUGGGGGGAGUAAGCCAAAGCAAGGCAAGCCCAAGGAACCAAAGUAUCAGCCCAAAUACCACAAUUACACUCCGUUGCCGAUGUCGCGGGAGAAGGCUUUAAUGAUGGUCGAGAAUGCUGAUGGGACAAAUACGGAGGAGUGUUUCCAGCUCAAGGAUGAAAUCGAGAGGCUGGUGAGACAGGGUUACUUCCGGGAUCGAGUUCCCCCGACUUACAAGAUUAGUAAGGACGAGACAAGGAGAAGCAGGUCGAGGAGCCGAGAUCGAAAUCCCGGCCCCGUGAGGGCGAACAAUACCCAAGUCGCCGGGAAUAAUGCACCAACGAAAGGGGUGAUCUACACUAUAGCGGGGGGUUCUAGCUCGGGAAACUCGAACAAGGACAGAAAAAGAUGUGCUAGAACUCUGAGCUCGAGCAGAGGAAGGGAGUUCGUGCUGAAGGUCGAAGAGGAGGAGGCAAUUUCUUUCAACAGCACGGAUAAACCCGGAGAAAGUGGGGAGAUGAAUGAUCCGAUGGUUAUCAAAUUGGAUAUUGCAAAUUUCACGGUUCACAAAGUCCUGGUGGACAGUGAAAGUUCUGCGGAUAUCAUUUUCGAAAGUGUGAUCGAUAAGAUGGGCUUGGAGAACAUUCGGUUGGAGCCAGUGAAAGCCCCACUAGUCGGUUUCGGGGGAAGUGAAGUGGCGUCCUUAGGGAUGGUCGAAUUUCCAAUGUCCAUGGGUGACAAACCUAAACGGAAAACCACGAUGAUGAAAUUUUUAGUAGUAGACACCCCAUUCGCGUACAAUGUGAUUUUAGGUAGACCAGGCUUGAAUUUAUUUAGGCAUGGAGUCCGUCUGACUUCACAGGCAUCAACCCUGAGGUGA